AUGAGUGCAUCUCAAGUAGAACCAUCAUUGUCUUUAAUGUCUACAGCUCCAAGAGACCAAACACAACCUGAACAAAAUUUUGAAGAUCCAGAUCAAGCUGAAAACCAUCUUUUAGAACCACAGCAAUCAUUAGGUGGUAUAACAGACCAACAUCCUGAAUUAACAGGGGCAGGUGUUAAAGAGUAUGAUGAACAUGGAAAAGAGGGAGGAGGAGGGGAAGGAGAAGAGGAUGUAGCACUAGUAUCGUUUGUUCCCCUAGAAAAGUUACAAGUUAAUGGGAUUACUACCACAGAUUUGAAGAAAUUGAGAGAGAAUGGUUUACAUACGGUAGAGGCAGUAGCUUAUGCUCCACGUAAAGCUCUGUUGGAAAUUAAGGGUAUAUCGGAAGCUAAGGCAGAUAAGCUAUUGAAUGAAGCUGCCCGUUUGGUUCCAAUGGGAUUUGUUACAGCAGCAGAUUUCCAUAUGAGAAGAUCAGAGAUGAUAUGUUUGACGACAGGUUCAAAGAAUUUGGAUACUUUGCUUGGUGGUGGCAUUGAAACUGGGUCUAUCACAGAAUUGUUUGGCGAGUUUAGAACCGGUAAAUCACAACUCUGUCACACCUUAGCUGUCACCUGUCAAAUCCCAUUAGAUAUUGGUGGCGGUGAAGGUAAAUGUCUUUAUAUUGAUACGGAGGGUACAUUUAGACCUAUUAGACUAGUUUCAAUUGCACAGAGGUUUGGGUUGGAUCCUGACGAUGCCUUGAACAAUGUUGCAUAUGCUAGAGCGUACAACGCUGAUCAUCAGUUAAGGCUAUUAGAUGCAGCAGCCCAAAUGAUGAGUGAGUCCAGAUUUUCUUUAAUUAUUGUUGACUCUGUAAUGGCAUUAUACAGAACUGAUUUUGCUGGUCGUGGAGAGUUGAGUGCAAGACAGAUGCAUUUAGCCAAGUUUAUGAGAGCAUUACAAAGAUUAGCAGAUCAAUUUGGUGUUGCUGUAGUAGUAACAAAUCAGGUUGUUGCACAAGUGGAUGGUGCAAUGAGCUUCAAUCCGGAUCCUAAAAAACCAAUUGGUGGUAACAUUAUGGCACAUUCAUCUACAACAAGGCUGGCAUUUAAAAAAGGACGUGGAUGUCAAAGGUUUUGUAAAGUAGUUGAUUCUCCAUGUCUACCAGAAGCAGAAUGUGUAUUUGCAAUAUAUGAAGAUGGUAUAGGUGAUCCAAGGGAGGAAGAUGAAUAA